UAAUUCAUUUUCCAGCCGGUCAAAGCGCGCGUUCGAAAGUCAGCUCAGCGUUUAAAUUUGAGAAAAUGGUGAAAAUCCAUCGGGAAAAAUGUCACGCAGGUGUGUGAAGUGAAAAUUCAGUGCAAGAAAAGUGUUUGGCAAAGGGCGGGGGCGUAGAAGGAGGAAAAAUGGCUACAAAAAUGCAGAUCUACGAAGGAAAAGUGCAGCGAUUUGUGAUAUAUUAAUGUGUAUAUAUUUGGUAUAUGUGAUAUACAUACCAUACAUACAUAUGUGUAGAUAAACAUUUCUUUUUUGCAUAAAUUCUUUUUUUCAUGUGUAAAACAAAAUCAUGUGUUAUUCCGUAUUCUCCCUUUUUUCGUUUCGUUUUCGCUAAAGUAGCUGAAGAGUGCGUGGGAGGAGUGAAGGAAAGUAAGAAGAGGAGAAGGAGAGCAAAGAAUGAACGCAUUUGCGCCGCUCUCACUUUCAUUUUCCCGCCGGUCAAAGCGCGCGUUCGUAAGUCUGCAUCGCGUUUUCAUCCGUGAAAAUGCUGAAAAUGGUGGAAAUCCAUCGGGAAAAAUGUCACGCAGGUGUGUGAAGCGAAAAUUCAGUGUAGUAAUCCAGUGAUCGAACAUAAAUGUAUACAAAAAUGUGUAAAAAAUAAAAUCUGUUAUUGUUUAGUUGUUUCGCUUUUUUUUUUUUUUUGAAAAUUCGUCAAGUUUCGUCCCUUUCCCACUCCCACCUAGUAGAGUGAUGCAGUGAAGAAGAGAAUCAAAAAGGAGAGAGUGCUCUCAUUCCAAGCGAAGUUUAUGGUAGGGUGAAGCAUUCCCAAUACUCGCUGAUCUGACUCUCUCUUGCUUGGUGUGUUUACACAAACUUCCGCCCCCUAAUGCCUCACCUAAAAUGAAUAUGCGUUAAAUUUGUGCUCUUAUUGGAAAUCAUUUCGUGCGUUUCGCUGGCGGUUUCGGUGCGGUUUUCUCGUAAUUUCGAAGUCGUCGUGCGGUGUCUCUCUUCAUCAGAAUCGUUAGAGUCGCAUAUGAAACACCAGGAGAGGAUUUUAAAAUGGAACUAGAUUAUGGAAACAUCACAUUUUGUAUUUGAUUCAAAUAAAUUCAAGAGUAAGUAUUGAAGACCCAAAAAAAUCACACAAUUCGAGUGUUGAAAGGUUUCUUGCAGUUCACUUCAGCACCGAAGUGUUUCCACAAUAACCCCUCUGUAGCCAUGACCAAACUAUCACCCAUUCUGUUCGCCUGCUACCUGCACCUAACGGCGGACUACUCGCCCGUUAAGGUCUACGAGGACCGGGCCUACUGGGGCAGCCUCGUCUUCUUUCUGGCCAUGAUGGACCUGCUGUACGGCAACGAGAUACUGCCCAAGAAGUGGUUCCGCAAGGCCAAGCUGUUCAGGACUAUGCUGGAGACCAUCUGCGUCUACCUCAUCGCCGAGAUACCCGUGGCGCUCUUCUGGAUCAAGUUCGAGAACACCGUCGACAUCUUCCUGCGCCUCGUCGCUGGGAUAGACGGCAAUCGUUACGUGGAACUGGAGGCCAUCACCGUGGGCCUGGGGCUGUUCUACUGGACGAAGAUCGUCGCCCAGGCCACCCACGAGGAGUACAGGCUGCACAAGGCCCUCUUCCGCACUUGUGGCAUGUUGCUGGAGUCGUUCAAGGAGCUGCUCGCCAGUUUCGAGAAACCCAAAGUUCGGACAACUAAAAUUAAGGCGAUUUUGAAGAGUUCCAAGAAUAAAUGCCAAUGCCAGUGCCAAUGCGCGGGACAGGAGCACUAGCCUGGAAAUGCUCGGUUUGCCAGCCUCUCUUGGCUUUAAAGAAAA